AGAUGAUGCAGAUGACUUCAUAGCAGCCCACCGGUUCUCAGACAUGCUGGUGAAGGUGAAUCUGGACGAGAUAGAGCCCAGGACUAGAGCCUCCUCCCUCGGCCCCAACACCCAGACUGGACCUCUCUCUGGAAGACACUCUGACCAUGGAGACGAUCUCUCUACGGGGCGGCUGGCCUUCACCAACCUGGUUAAUAGGGACUUUAUGGAUCUAAAGGUCCGAUCCCUCCCAGGCACCGUGGACGACCAGAGUCUGGCCAGUGACGGAGCCGACAGCGACCGCUUCAGUGGGAGUGUCUCCAGCUUCCUGGCCAAUGAGAAGCUCAUGUCUGUGGACAGCAUGAACAGUGAUGUCACAGAUGACGAUGUUGACGUGAACGACCUGCAGGAUGAAGAUCUGGACCUGUACUUAAACCAGCUGGUGAACCCUGCCAUGCAGAGAGGACGGGUGGAGGGACAGGAGAUACCUGAUGCUGACCAGCCAGCCAACCAAAACUAUUCAUCUCAGCCCGGUUCUACAGAACCACAGAAGAACAGAUACCAGUUCCUGGAUGACUAUGACCAGGGUUUCCAGAUGCCUGACGUGCGCCUGGCUGCUACAGGAAUGGACUCGUGUCCCGGCAGUGAUGAGGAGGAGGACACCGAGGAUGAGCUGGAGGCAGCUAGGAGACACACUUCUACCAGACACAGACUCCUGCUGUCCAGCACCUCCCGACAGCUGGUGGGGGAGAGCAACCGUCCCAGCUUCAGACCUGGGCUGGAGGGAGGCAGCUCUGACGAAGAAGUUUACUCUGGUCGUAACCCUCUACCUGGGUUAGAACACAGAUACUCUGCCGAGGGCCAAGUCAUCAACAAUGUAACAGGAGGAGGAGGAGAUGGGAGCAGUGGGAGUGAGGAGGGAGGGAACGAUGGCGUGUCCACUCUACCCUCCUCCUCCUCGGCCCAGACCACCUACGAUGUGCUGCGGGGGCUGGGGAUCCUGGGGGCCAGCGUGCCGGGAGAGAAUGCCCAGGACCCUCACUCUCUACUGGGGCUGAGCCGGGGCAGCCUGAUGGGGGACCGUGUGGGGCCGGUGGGGACUGGAGAGACCAGCGCUGGGCCCCAGAGGAUGUCCCCUGUCAACUGGAGUAUGGCCUUAGACAGACAGGAGGCGCUGGAUGCCAUGGACAGUACAGAGUCUAUGGUGGCAGGGGAGGGUCAGGGUGUCUUGGAUUCUAUAUAUCUGAGGGCUGGUGCUGGACACUGGAGACCCCAGGACAUGACCUCUCACCUCCAGACCACACAGAGCAGCUUCCACCUCUCUCAGGUGCUUCCUUCGCUUAGUGAUGAGGAGGAGGGGAGGGGGAGGCCUGCUGCCCUGGGGCCAAGAGGAGGUCCAUGUGGGGACUCCUCUGCACCUCCUGGUCCUCCUGGCCUGUCAGACACGAGUCGGGGAGAGAAGGAUCUCCUCUACACCUCUCUGGAAGCGAAGUACCUCUCUCAGAGCUUCCAACAGGAGGACUCCUCUCACUCUGACAGCGACUGGAACCACUGUCCGGAUAACCUGGACUUCCAACCGGCCUCUCACAGUGUGGUCUACCAGAACGAGGAGGGGAAAUGGGUGACUGAUCUGGCGUACUACUCGUCCUUUGAGAAGGAGGUGGAUGGACACCAGCUGUCGGAAGUAGCAGACCAGUUCCAGGCUGAGGACUUCGUUCCAGGCAGUAACGCCAUAGAGAAGAUCAUAGAAGACCAGAAGGAGUUUGAGAAGGAGAACCAGUUCAUGCAAGAGGAGGUGAUGGAGCCUGCCUCCACCAGUCCAGGUCUCCUAUCUGACACGUCCUGGAGACUUCCAGCCAGCAGCCACAUCCUGAUGAGGGCCAGCCAGGUGUCCCAGGAGCUGGACAGAGGGAACCAGAGCUACCUCCGUCUGUCUCUAGGGACCUUCUUCCAGCAGCGCUCUGAGGCCCUGGGCUGUCUAGGGAACCACCGGGAGGACGAUACAGUCAAACGGCCGUCGUUUGGUUACGUCAUCACCUCUCCAGAGAAGAGGGAACCGUUUCCUCUGAUUCGACCAUCAGACUUCCUGUCUCAGGACAGCUCGGUCCACAACGACACCCUCACACACACUGACCACGACCGCACCAUGAACACGGAGGACUUGGACAAGACUGUGGAGGCAGAUCCAGACAGGGUGUCACCUACAGGAGAUGAAUCAGCCUCUUCCCCCCUCCCUGAGGCCCUGCUCUCCCCCAGCCAGACCCUUCCCUCAGCCUCCCCCCUCCCUGAGGCCCUGCUCUCCCCCAGCCAGACCCUUCCCUCAGCCUCCCCCCUCCCUGAGGCCCUGCUCUCCCCCAGCCAGACCCUUCCCUCAGCCUCCCCCCUCCCUGAGGCCCUGCUCUCCCCCAGCCAGACCCUUCCCUCAGCCUCCCCCCUCCCUGAGGCCCUGCUCUCCCCCAGCCAGACCCUUCCCUCAGCCUCCCCCCUCCCUGAGGCCCUGCUCUCCCCCAGCCAGACCCUUCCCUCAGCCUCCCUCCCUGAGGCCCUGCUCUCCCCCAGCCAGACCCUUCCCUCAGCCUCCCCCCUCCCUGAGGCCCUGCUCUCCCCCAGCCAGACCCUUCCCUCAGCCUCCCCCGGCAGCCUGGGCCCCAGCCCCGACACAGACCAAUCUAACCUCAUGUUGUCUAUCAGCACCAUUGCCUCGGCCAUCGCAGAUGCCUCCAUCUCCUCCGAGCCCUCCCAGCUGGCUGCCAUGAUCAUGGAGCUGUCAAAGAGGAGUAGGGUACAGAGGCAACACCAGAAAGGUGUGCCGAGUCCACCGCCAGCCUCGGUCCUGGUAGAGCAAACACCCAGCCCUAACCAGGUUCAACUGGACCAGCCCAGCCCUAACCAGGUUCAACUGGACCAGAGGAUCCUGCUGGAGACUCUACAGAGGAGCCAGUGUGCUGCUGGGGACCUGAGUGCCUUCGACAUUGAAAAGUACCUGAAGCAGACAGAGGUAUCCACCAGCAGCGACAGCGACCAGUCAAGCUCCUCCCACUACACUUUUGACUUCCUCGGCUGGGCCGACAGCCUCAACUCCUCCCACAGGAAGUCCCAGGCUGCAUCACUUGUUGUUACUGUGGAGAACGAGAGCUCGGGUUAUCAACACCAGGCUACCGAAUACCAGGCGAGCACCAAGGGAGAUAUCUCCUCUGGCGUAGAGGCGAAGGCAGGUUUGACACAAGGUUACCCUGCUGCUAUGACCCGUCCAGUCUCUGCUGGGCUACAUCCAGGUUCUGGUCAGAGUGGAGUAGGCCCAGCUAACAAGACUGAGGCGAGGAGGAGGAGUUCCAUCCCCCGUCCCAGGGCCAGUUCCAUCCCUACAGCCUCUGGUAAACCAGGGAGGAGGUCUGUGGGCUCAGGUCAGUUCUCCUCAACCUUCAUCUCCCCAGCCAAACCAGCUGCUAACAGGAAGGCUGUAGGGAAUAACAGUGAGCCCCAGCCAGCUGGUGUACUGAGCAGGAGCAACACAGAGAGUGGUGGGCCUGAACUAGGAGCAGUCCGUCCAACACCCAACAACACCCCAGCCCAGAAGGUAGAGGACCCCUCCGCAUCUCCUGCCCCAGGCCCUAAGACCUCCCCUGGUCUGAGGAAGGGUCUGUCAGGGCCGCUGUCCCUCAGAGACAUCACAUCCCCCUCCCAGAGAACCAGGAGGAGCACAGUGAAGACCCACGCUACAGGGAGCAGUACAACCCAGCAGGAGAAACCCAGUGGCCUGGAGAAGAGUGUUGGAGGAGCUCCUCCCAACGCUGUGGCCAAACAUGUUGGUUUCACUUCCUCGUGUCACAGCCCCCAGCCUGCUGCUGCACACAGGACGUACGAUGUGUCUCCAGGUACUCCUGUGCAUCAUGCCGGAGGACCAGAGCAGAGCCAGUGCACCUUCAGACCCUCCACCUCUCCUCUCACCCACUCCUCCCCCUCACAGACCUCCUUCCCCAGCCAAGAAGGGACUGUGUCGCCCCCCUCCCCCAGUGUAGGGGACGGGAGACGUCCCAGUGAUCUCACUCCUCCCCAGUCUGAGUGGAGCUGUUCCAGCCUCAGCAGACUGACAUACAUCUCUCUGAAUGACAGCACGGCGCUCAACACAACCGGCGUCCCAACUCCUGACAGACACAAGAGUCAUGGCACCAUGUCUCUGAGCACCACUAUCAUCAGGGCCAGUCCCACCCCGCCAGUAGAAGGGGCUGAUACCCAGAGUCCUACAGGUCAGGAGCUUCCUCCUCACCGCUCUACAGACGUCCUCUGUCCUCCUAGACAGUCCAAGAGCCCAGAGUCUCCUGACCACUCGAACGGUCCUCGUAGUGGCUCGGUAGACCUGAGGAGCGGUUCAGGUCUGGGCUUUACACGCAGCCAGAGUGAGUGUAACUAUCACUGUGGGAACAAUAGAGACUUCAACCAGCAGAAACGCCACUCCGAACCCAACUCGCACCUUCUCAACAAGUUGGAUUCUGGCUACUCCAGCAACCUGAAUAUCCAGCAGCCCAGCGGUAUGGGGGGCCAGGGGAACCAGCAGUGGUCUGGGGCCUCAGCCCAGGGGAGUGAGGUCUAUCCUGGGGCCAGGACGGGCUUCGGCCUGCCUUCCUCCGAGGACCUGUGCUACAUGCCCAUCUCCAGCUUCAAGCCCCAGGGCUCCAUGGUGGACCUGCCUCCAGGGGUCCCAAGCCUCCUGACGGGGCGCUCCCUCUUCAGCUCCCAGCUGGCACAGCAGAACCUGGGCUCGGAUGGAGCUCUUCACCCUGGUCUCCCUCUGCCUGCUCCCUACCACCACAUGGCAAUAGUAGGGAACGGCCUGUAUGGUCACGCUAUGUCCUCACGGUUAGGACCCAACGUUGACCCCUCAGUCAGACACCUCCACAGCUCUGGGGGUCUGGGUGUCUCUGGGCCAGGUGGACCAGGAGGUCCCGGGGGUCUGUACCCCUGCUCUAACCCCCACCUCAAACCCUUGGACCCAGGACUGAUGGAGGGGAACCCCUACAACCAGCACUGUGUAGCCUCGUGGUCUGACGGCAGCCUUCCUGAACCCACAGCCCAGGUCGUGAUCCCUGAGGAGCUGAGGUUCCCCCAUGCCUGCUGUGUGGGCAUCUCCUCUCAGACCUCACUUGGCAUCUUCAACCCCUCCGAGCGCUGGCAGCAGGUCUCCAUCACCGUCACCAGUCUGGCCAUCAACGGAGAGAAGGUUGAUUCAUUCCCGUACCAGUGGUUGAUAGUGAAGAACAAGACCAUCAUUGGCCCUAAGAGCACAGAGGAGCAGAAGGUGUUGUUCAUCCCACCUCAGGCCGGGGUGUACCAAGCUGUCCUCAGUGUCUCCUCCUGGCCUGCCUCCGCUGAGGCCCAGGCUGUCGCCCGCGCCGAGGUGUUCGCCAAGAGGGUGGUCCUCGUCGCCAUGGCAGAGAACCCUGCUCUGGAGGUGGAUGUGGGGAAGUGUGGCAGUCUGGACUUCGGAGACCUGGCAGGUGGCAGUGCCAAAGCUCUCCCUCUGAAGCUGCUGAACAGGACUCAGGCCACCGUACCUAUUAGACUGGUUAUCAGUGCUAACGCCACGGCCUGGCGCUGCUUCACCUUCUCCAAGAGUCCCGUUGCCAUGACAGCCGAGGGCCUGCUGCAGGCGGGAACUCUGACAUCACUGGCCGCUCCGUCCGUCAUGAACCACGUGAUGCACUCCAGCUACGGAGAGAAUCCAGAGAGCUUCAUGGUUUGGGUCCACUUCCUCGCUCCACAGAAGUACCAGUCCUGUUCAGGUGAUCUAGGUCCAGCGGAUGAGUACAGUGCGCGGGUGGACAUCGAGGUGGACUGUCCAGGCCCCAGUCAUGUGAUCAGGAGCGUCCCUCUCCGAGCCAGGUCUGGAACAGCCAGAGUACACGCCCCUAAAGACCUGCAGAAUGUUAACCUCUCGGCAGUGUUGGGUCAGUCCAGCACGCAGACUCUGCCUCUGAAGAACGCAGGCAACAUUGAUGUUCAGCUGAAACUCAAGAACAGCGGUGGUGAUGGUUGUUUCUCUGUGAGUCCUGUUGACCUGUGUCUGCGUGCCGGGGAGGAGCAAGGCAUUGUGGUCUCGUUCACCUCUCAGGGCGGCAGGAAGAACCAAGAGAGUGUUCUGACCAUCCUGGUGCUGCCGUCUGGUCCUCAGUACGAGGUGGUUCUGGGUGGUUGUUCUGUUUCCUUGUGUUUUCAUGAUACUUCCUGUUCUGAUGUUUCUCUGUGCUUGACCCUCCAGUGUUCUGACCAUCCUGGUGCUGCCGUCUGGUCCUCAGUACGAGGUGGUUCUGGGUGGUUGUUCUGUUUCCUUGUGUUUCCAUGUGUUCUGACCAUCCUGGUGCUGCCGUCUGGUCCUCAGUACGAGGUGGUUCUGAAGGGACGGGUGGUACCAGAGGGGGGGGUGAACCCUGCUGCCCCUGGUCCUGUCUCUGCCCUGGGCAUGCUGCCCCACAGUGAGGUGCCCCCCAUCCUCUCCAACAAGCAGUUUGUGGCCUGGGGAGGGGUCACGCUGGGCAGGGCUGUACAACAGAAGCUGGUUCUUCGUAAUAACUCCCCCAACACAACACAUCACCUGCGUCUGCUGAUCCGAGGACAAGACCACAGCUGUUUCCAGCUCCAGAGUAGUUUUGGACAGGAGGAGAGGUUGACCCGACACAGAGAGCUGUCUAUCCGGCCCAGGGAGGAUGUUGUUGUCCACCUGCUGUUUGCCCCAACCCGGGUGGCCUGCACCCUGUCCAAGCUGGAGAUCAAACAGUCUGGAGUACGGCCCUCACAGCCUGGCAUCAAGUUCACUAUCCCCCUAUCAGGCUAUGGAGGGACCAGUAACAUUAUUCUGGAAGAGCACAGGAAGCGUUCAGACGGCUACGUGGCUAUGCUAAUGGGGGUGGCAGCAGGCCAGGUCUCCAAGCUGUGUGUCUGUGUGAGAAACACUGGGUGCAGGGCUGCCUUCGUUAUGGCUGUUCCCUACUCUGACCUACACACACGCUCUGUCAUGGACUCCUCGGACAUCAGCCUCUCUCCGUCUCAGUUCGUCCUGAAGGAGAGGACACAGGAGGUGAUCACGGUUCUGAUGAAGGUGACCCAGAGAGAGCAGACUCUGUGUCAGUCAGCUAAUGCCGUCCUGGCCACAGUCUGUCUCUUCUGUGGAGACGAGGUCUCACGACAACAGUUCAGGAGGUUGCUGCUGUCCAAGCCAGAUGCAGGCAGGAAGAUUCUGUCAGAGAACAGUCUGCUGAAAGGACUCAACUUCAACCAGAGGUUCCUGGGGGAGGAGCAGGUCCUGGAGGCCUACGACCUGCCCCAGAGCCCCAACCAGGCCCAGUUGUUCUAUGGGAACCUGAGUAAGGUGGUGUUGUCAGUGCUGGGCAGCACAGAGACCUUGGACUCUGGAAGGGCUGACCUCCAUGUCCAGGCCCCCCUAGCUGUCACCAGGAGAGGCUCGGAGGCUGACAGUGGUUUUGGGAACUCAGACCGUCACAUCAGCAACGUGUCUCUGGAUGUACUGCCUGUGAAGGGUCCUCAAGGCCCCGCGUUACCCAGGACAGAGGCCUCUGGGACGGGGACAGAACCAGGGGACCACAGGGACUCCUGGAGCCUCCAGCCUGAACAGCUGGUCCUCACCUCUCCCACUAUCAACGGAGCCUCCAACACCAGACAUGUCCUGAUCCAGAACCACUCAUCAUCCAGAGAGCUGAGCUUUGAGUUGUCCUGGCCAGCCCACUGUCUCACUGUUACCCCUCAACAUGGAGUUAUAGAACCACAGUGCCACCUCCAGAUCCUCAUCAGUCCUAAUCCGUCCCUAGCAACCAGGACAUCCAUGUUUCCAUGGAGUGGCCAAAUCUAUGUCCAGUGUGACAAUCAACAGAAGUUCAUCAAAGUCCAGAUCCGUCAGGACCUGGCUCUGGAUGUAUCAACGGCCCCAGCAGACCGGAGCCUAGCCCCCCUUCCUCCUCAGACUGCUAGCCCCAUGCCCACCGCCAUGCUGCCCCCUGCAGGCCAACCCCCCCUGACCAGGACAGCUCCAGCCACGGUAGAGAUCAGUAACCGUACCAUCGUGUUUCCUGCCACGCCCUCAGGAGAAACCUCAGAGUCCUCUGUGGAGGUGGAGAACAGAGGAGAGCAGGUGAGGUGGUACCUGUCUUCCUUCGCCCCUCCUUAUGUAAAGGGGGUGGACAGCAGUGGGGAUGUGUACCGGGCCACCUACACAGCCUUCAGAUGUCCCAGAGUCUCUGGAACCUUGGGAGCAUACCACAAGAUGCAGGUGCCCAUCACCUUCCUGCCCAGGGACCGAGGGGACUAUGCUCAGUUCUGGGACCUGGAGUGUCACCCAGUGGCUGAGCCUCAGCACAAGACCAGGAUACGCUUCCAGCUCUGUGGCACUGGUGUGAAGGUUGGUCCACCGGUGGCUCCUCAGGAAGCAGACUGUUCUCUGGUGAAGACUGAAGCCUUUAAGACCAGGAGAAGACCUGACCCGGUUGCUGAUGGGGGCAUGACUGGGAAGCUCAGAGCCCCAUGGAGGAUGAAGGUUCAGGUCGAUGUUAAAUGUGUGGAUGAUGUUGUGUGUUCCAGUCAGGAGGAGGCUCUGUGUAGGGGGGUAUACGCCCCCCAGGACCACUACUCAUUCCCCCCUACCAGGGUAGGAGAGACCAGCACACUGAAGGUCAACAUGAGAAACAACUCCUUGGAAACGCAUGCGCUGAUGUUCCUAACCCCUAAAGAGCCCUUCCACAUCAAGCAUUCCAAAUAUUCCCUAAGAUCCCAACGCUACAUCCACCUGCCAGUCCAGUUCAAGCCGGUUGUAACUGGAAACCACUCCAGCCUGCUGUUGGUUCAGACGGAUACCAGUGGAAACAUCGCUAUCCAGCUGACUGGUGAGGCCCUGCCCUGACUGGGUCAGUGAGGACUGCUGCUCUGGGUCAGUGAGGACUGCUGCUCUGGGUCAGUGAGGACUGCUGCUCUGGGUCAGUGAGGACUGCUGCUCUGGGUCAGUGAGGACUGCUGCUCUGGGUCAGUGAGGACUGCUGCUCUGGGUCAGUGAGGCCCUGCCCUGACUGGGUCAGUGAGGACUGCUGCUCUGGGUCAGUGAGGACUGCUGCUCUGGGUCAGUGAGGACUGCUGCUCUGGGUCAGUGAGGCCCUGCCCUGACUGGGUCAGUGAGGACUGCUGCUCUGGGUCAGUGAGGACUGCUGCUCUGGGUCAGUGAGGACUGCUGCUCUGGGUCAGUGAGGACUGCUGCUCUGGGUCAGUGAGGACUGCUGCUCUGGGUCAGUGAGGCCCUGCCCUGACUGGGUCAGUGAGGACUGCUGCUCUGGGUCAGUGAGGACUGCUGCUCUGGGUCAGUGAGGACUGCUGCUCUGGGUCAGUGAGGACUGCUGCUCUGGGUCAGUGAGGCCCUGCCCUGCUCUGGGUCAGUGAGGACUGCUGCUCUGGGUCAGUGAGGACUGCUGCUCUGGGUCAGUGAGGACUGCUGCUCUGGGUCAGUGAGGACUGCUGCUCUGGGUCAGUGAGGACUGCUGCUCUGGGUCAGUGAGGACUGCUGCUCUGGGUCAGUGAGGACUGCUGCUCUGGGUCAGUGAGGACUGCUGCUCUGGGUCAGUGAGGACUGCUGCUCUGGGUCAGUGAGGACUGCUGCUCUGGGUCAGUGAGGACUGCUGCUCUGGGUCAGUGAGGACUGCUGCUCUGGGUCAGUGAGGACUGCUGCUCUGGGUCAGUGAGGACUGCUGCUCUGGGUCAGUGAGGACUGCUGCUCUGGGUCAGUGAGGACUGCUGCUCUGGGUCAGUGAGGACUGCUGCUCUGGGUCAGUGAGGACUGCUGCUCUGGGUCAGUGAGGACUGCUGCUCUGGGUCAGUGAGGACUGCUGCUCUGGGUCAGUGAGGACUGCUGCUCUGGGUCAGUGAGGACUGCUGCUCUGGGUCAGUGAGGACUGCUGCUCUGGGUCAGUGAGGACUGCUGCUCUGGGUCAGUGAGGACUGCUGCUCUGGGUCAGUGAGGACUGCUGGGUCACUGCAUCUGUAGUGUGGCCCGUACUGGAGCACUGCCAAAGGUCAUAUGGAAGAAUGAACUAUGAAGCCUUUGUCCAAUAUGGCACCCUAAUCCCUAGAUAAUGCACUGCUUCAGGCCCGGCAACGUCUCAUUGGUUCCACCCCUGGCAACGUCUCAUUGGUUCCACCCCUGGCAACGUCUCAUUGGUUCCACCCCUGGCAACGUCUCAUUGGUUCCACCCCUGGCAACGUCUCAUUGGUUCCACCCCUGGCAACGUCUCAUUGGUUCCACCCCUGGCAACGUCUCAUUGGUUCCACCCCUGGCAACGUCUCAUUGGUUCCAC